CACAUGAAAACAUCAUGGACUCCUGUGUGGCCGUCUGCGUUUUCUUCCUAAUCGUGCGACAUUUACCAACAGGCCAAUGUGCCAUAUGGCCGUGUGACUUUGAAACCAGUGACCUAUGCGGGUACACCCAGGACACCACAGAUGACCUUGACUGGACACGUAAUUACGGAGGAUCGCCAACCAGCAGCACCGGACCUUCAGUUGACCAUACACUGGGCACAUCUUCUGGUCAUUACAUGUACCUGGAGACAUCUGUAGGCAGUCCAGGUCAAGUUGCCCGCCUUGUCUCCGCGCCCUUCCCCGCCAGCGGUACUCCCUACUGCCUGAGGUUCUACUACCACAUGUUCGGGGAUCACAUAGAGACUCUCAAUGUGUACAUCAGGAAGCAAGGCAUA